CGCUAGAACAAAUACGGGUUUCUAUCGGGGUUUUAAGCCCGACUACAGCAAGAGACGCUAAAGGAAGUUGUCACCAGUUAACAAGAAAACCAAUUGUUCCGAAACACCGGGUCAGUUUACACAUGGACUGCUAAGUUCUUGCUCUGUGUGACGAAUUUUAUUAAAAAACCAAAUAUUUUUGAGGACUUGAGACAUCAUGUUGAAAUCGAAAACUUUCGUGAAGAAGACCCGGUCGGGCGGGGUGAUGAAAAUAGUGCGGGAGCAUUAUCUGAGGGAUGACAUUUGGUGUGGAAGUGAAGUUUGCACUGGAUGCAAACAGGAAUCCACAGUGCUGCAGAAAGACGCGUGUAUAGAGAGCAAUCUGUGCUCCUAUCCACACUAUCUGAUCCCAGACACUAAUGUGGUGCUGCAUCAGAUCGACGUGUUGGAGGAUCCUGUCAUCCGCAACGUGAUCAUCCUCCAGACAGUGCUGCAGGAGGUGCGACAUCGCAGUGCGCCCAUCUACAAACGUGUGAAGGACAUGAUACAUGAGAAGGAGAAGCACUUCUACACCUUCACCAAUGAACACCACAGAGAAACGUUCAUUGAGCGUGAGCCAGGAGAGACCGCCAACGACCGAAACGACCGCGCAAUCCGCGUCUCAGCGAAGUGGUACAGCCAGCACCUGAAGCCGUUCGAAGCAGACACCGAAGGCCUCAAAGUGGUCCUUCUCACUAAUGAUCUGAGGAACAAACAAACUGCAGAGGAGAGUGGAUUGCUGGUGUACAAAUGUGAAGAGUACAUCAAGAGUUUGAUUGCGAACCCCGAGCUUGUGGAUCGUCUGGCUUUGUCAAAUGAUGAAAAGAACGAGAUCACCAGCAGUAAAUUGUUGUAUCCAGAGCACCUCCCUCUCUCCAGGAUCCAGGCAGGAAUCAAGAGCGGCUCCUUUCUCCAGGGUACCUUCAGGGCGAGUAGGGACAACUAUCUGGAAGCUACUGUCUUCGUCCAAGGAGAAGGAGAAGACGGCACAGAGGUUCUCCUCCAGGGCCUGCAGAACCUCAACAGAGCCGUGCACCAGGACGUCGUUGCCGUGCAGCUGUUGCCACGUAAUCAGUGGGUUGCCCCGUCCUCGGUCGUGCUCCAGGAUGAAGGCGCAGCAAAAGAUGAUAACGUUGACGAGGAGGAGGAGGAGAACACGCUGAAGGAAUCGGCCACGGAAUCAGUCCGGAAACCCACCGGGAAGGUCGUCGGGAUCAUCAAGAGGAACUGGAGGCCGUUCUGUGGAAUGCUCAAUGUGUCCCAAAUCAAAGAGUCCACCCGUCACCUGUUCACCCCCGCAGACCGUCGAAUCCCACGCAUCCGCAUUGAGACCCGUCAGGCCGCCACUCUGGCCGGCCAGAGGAUCAUGGUGGCCAUCGACGGCUGGCCGAAGGACUCCAGAUACCCAAACGGUCACUUUGUGCGCAGUCUGGGAAGUGCAGGAGAAAAGGAGACGGAGGAGGAGGUGCUGCUGCUGGAGCAUGACGUUCCACAUCAGGCCUUCUCUCAAGCCGUUCUCAGUUUUCUUCCCAAGAUGCCGUGGGCCAUCACUCCAGAGGAGAUGGCAAAGAGAAUGGACCUGAGGCAUCUGACCGUGUGCAGUGUGGAUCCUCCAGGAUGUACAGAUAUCGACGAUGCGCUGCACUGCAGAGAGCUGGAAAAUGGGAACCUUGAGGUGGGCGUCCACAUCGCCGACGUCAGCCACUUCAUCAGACCUGGCAACGCUCUGGACAAAGAGGCGGCCAACCGCGGCACCACCGUGUACUUGUGUGGCAAGAGGAUAGACAUGGUUCCUGAGCUGCUCAGCUCCAACCUUUGUUCUCUACGUUCAAAUGUAGAGAGGCUGGCUUUCUCAUGCAUUUGGGAAAUGAACCACAAGGCAGAGAUUCUGAGCACCAAAUUCACAAAGAGCAUCAUCAACUCCAAGGCGUCCCUCACCUACGCCGAGGCUCAGAUGAGGAUUGACGACACCAGCAUGAAUGACGAGAUCACCACCAGCUUGCGGGGUCUGAACAAACUGGCCAAAAUCCUCAAGAGGCAAAGGAUAGAGAAAGGGGCGCUGACGCUGUCCUCCUUAGAGGUCCGAUUCCACAUGGACAGUGAGACUCACGACCCCAUCGAGCUCCAGACCAAAGAACUCAUGGAGACAAAUUCCAUGGUGGAGGAAUUCAUGUUGCUGGCCAAUAUCUCCGUUGCCCAGAAGAUUUAUGAUGAAUUUUCAGAGUGCGCCCUGCUGAGGAAACAUCCAGCGCCGCCUCCAUCCAACUAUGACAUUCUGCUGAAGGCUGCGAAAUCCAAGAACGUGGAGAUCCACACGGACUCGGCGAAGGCGCUGGCAGACUCUCUGGACGGAGCCAGGGUGAAGGACUUCCCGUACUUCAACACGCUCCUGCGCAUCCUGGCCACCCGCUGCAUGAUGCAGGCCGUGUACUUCUGCUCGGGCAUGGACAGCGACUUCCACCAUUACGGCCUGGCUUCGCCCAUUUACACACACUUCACAUCGCCCAUCAGGAGGUAUGCAGACAUCAUCGUGCACCGCCUGCUGGCGGUCGCCAUCGGAGCGGACAGCACCUACGCAGAUUUGAUGGACAAACACAAGCAGUCGGCGCUCUGCAACAACCUCAACUACAGACACAAGAUGGCUCAGUACGCACAGCGGUCGUCGGUGGCCUUCCACACGCAGUUGUUCUUCAAGAGUCGAGGCAUCUUGAAUGAAGAGGGAUUCGUUCUGUUUGUGAGGAAGAACGCCAUCAUCGUUCUCAUUCCUAAGUUUGGCCUGGAGGGAACGGUCUUCUUUGACAGCAAAGACAAAACUGCUCCAAAUAUUGUUUUUGAUGAAGAGGGUCCGACUCUCACCGUGGAGCAACACACGUUUCACAUAUUUGACAAAGUCAAGGUCACCAUCAGCCUCGACGCUUCAAAUAUUCAGCACCAGAAGAUCCGCAUGGCUCUGACUGAACCUGUGAUUCCCGGUGUGAGUGUUCCGGUGCCAGAUGUUGAACCACAGGCCAAGAAACCGAAGCUGGACCGCUGAUGGAAAGAAGUGCAGUGAAUCACCUGAACUACAGGACUUCUCUCUACGUCGGGUGUCAGUUUGUCACAGCAGGGUCACUCCGCCUUUUACCACAGUACUUUUUAACUUUUAGGAGUGGACACUCAUUUGUCAAAUACAAAGAUUUUUUUUUUUUUUUUACCUACUCUGCCAGUCAAAAGUUCACAUGCCUUCUCAUUCAGUGUAUUUUUCUUUAUCUUGACUGUUUACGUUGUACAUUCUCACUGAAGGCAUCAGAACUGUGGAUUAAAAAAAGUAUGACA